AUGAAGCAGUUGCGUCGAGGCGGCAACGAUGAAGUCGGCGGAAAAGGGGACGGAGAAAGAAGGCAGCAAGGUGGAGGCUUUCGUCCCUUGGACUUGAUUGGAAGAUGGGACCGUCGGCGACGCGGCGAGGUCGGAGCAGGUGAGCAGAGGUUUUCCCCCUUGCGAAGCGACACCAAGUUGCAGCAGCAGCAGAUGUGGAUGGGAAGAUGUCUUCUUCUGAGUCAAAGAUUAUUCUCUUUCCUGUUUAGAGGUUGGCACUUGGCACUUCGCAGGGGACCAACUUUGCUAUCCUCCAUACAGGUGUCUGCAGCCGUUGGAUCGGGUUUGGACGAUCUGCGAUGA